AUUUCACUUUCAAUUUCGUUACUGAACGCGAUUCAUUGACGAUAACGAGUUUAACUUUAUGUUUUGCCUUCGCCUUUUCAACCUCAUUUCUUGCCCAUUUUAACCAAUGAUUUUGCUUGUCCCAUCAUUUGAUUGUUUACUAAUUAACUGUUUACUGUUUCAAUAUUGAUCAUCAAAAUUAUUUGUGACAAUUCAUCUUCUUCCAUUUGCUUCCAAUUUUCUAGUUCAUUUUGUGAUGUUUACUAUUGAUUGAUCAAUUUGGAUGGAUUAACAUUGGCAACUCUUUUUUGCGUUUACAAUCAACUUCGACAAUCAUUUACUGUUGACAAUUAAUCGGAUUAAUCUUUGUUGUACACCUUUUUACGAUUCCUAGUUUUGCAUCAGUUUCCAAGAAAACGUUUUCCAUUUUAAAUCUUCAUUUGCUGUUAUGGUUCAUAAUCAGUUUGACUGUCAACCAAAUAACAGCAUAACCAUGCUGAUGGUUAAUAAUGACACAAGCUUGUACGAGUGUUUUACUGGUGACUUUUUUGACUCUAGUGCUGAUACAAAGGAAAUACUUUCAAGUUUAUCUUCAAGUGUCCCGUUGACCAGUUUAACCUUAGACCCUGUUGGGCCAACAUUGACUUUAUCCACAGACUUGAAUGGACACUAUCAUGACCAGGGAUUGGAAAACAGUGAAACAAAUUUGAACUCUACCCAUCACUCUCACCAUCAUCACCAUCACCAACAACACCAUCAUCAUCACAAUGCUAACCAUCAAACACAUUCACAGCAACUUGCAAAUCCCCACCAACAGCAGCAACAACAACAUCACAUUUCUCAUCACCAACAGCAACAACAUCAACACCAGCAACUUUCAAGUCCCAAUUCAAAUGCAAGCCUUUCACCAAGCCAGAGUCCUUCAAACAGAUCAUCUUCAUCCUCCUCUUCACCUGUUGCACCAGCAACAACAACAUCCACAUCACCCUCUCCUCUAUCACACUGUCCAUCAUCAACAUCAACCUCACCUUCACUUUCACCCGUCUCUACUAAAUCAUCAGCUCAAACAACAACCACAACCAACUUAAACAAUGUAACCCUCCCUUUGGAUCUAAUGGUCAACAAUAACAUCAAUUCAAGCCACUUAAUCAGCAACACCAACACCAAUAGUAAUAGCAGUAUUACAAGUAACAACAGUAAUAGUUCAAACAGUAAUCACAGCGGUCACAGUGUCAUUAACAUGAAUAACAUCAACUCCAAUGUGAUCAAUAAUCAUCACAUGAAUGGCAAUUGUAAAUAUACCGACUAUAUUGACGGAAAAUUUGAUGGACUCAUGUCAACAUUUUGGACAAUGGACAUUUCCAAGAAUUCACCCUUUCUUUCCGAACUUGCCUCUGACCUGGAAUCACGCUACUGGGAAUCAAAGCCUCCAGACCAAUGGACAUCCGAAGAUGUUUGGCAUUGGAUAUUCAGUUGGGCCGGCGAUCGCAACAUUGAUGUCGAUGAUGUUCAACCCUUGGCUUAUGCAAACAUGAAUGGCCAACAAUUAUGUUCAAUGUCCAAGAUUGAUUUCAUCUCAAUGAACCCAAAAUAUGGAGCACACAUUUAUGAUACCCUUAAUCAGCUUGUCAAUUCAUUUAGAAAUGUGACUACCUUAAAUAGCCCUAGCGUUGGUGAUUACAAUUGUCUCAUUAAUUUGCCCAGUUUCGAUCUACUUCGAGGAUCAUGUUUGGAUCUUGAUGGCCACGGAAGUAGUCCAUCAUCAUCAGGAAGCGAAUCUGACAGAGAAUCAACAAGCAGCUCCAUGACUACCGUAAAUGAGAGACAAUCGGCACAUUUAUUAGCAGCUGUUGAAAACACUGAUCCUAACUUGGUUGCAGCCAUUCCUAGCCAUACCAUUAUUGACCCAGUUACCGGCUUACCUGGUAAAACAUUACCUUCUCUCACCACACCAUUACCUGUUCCUGUGAAAAAAGUUGGAAGAAGGGGAAGACCGCCUAAAAAAGAUGCUAAAUCAAGAAAUAGACAAGGUAAAGGAAAUGGAAAACUCUGGGAAUUUAUCCGAGACCUUCUCCUGGAUCCUGCUACCAACCCUAGUUUAAUAAGAUGGGAAAGACGAGAAGAUGGAGUAUUCAAAUUUGUCCAAUCAGACAAAGUGGCCAAACUUUGGGGUCAAAGAAAGCAAAAUCCUCGAAUGACAUACGAAAAACUGAGUCGAGCUAUGAGGUAUUACUACAAAAGUCAAGUGCUGUUACCUGUUUUUGGCCGACGUUUGGUUUAUAAAUUUGGUCCAAAUGCAACAGGCUGGAGGGCACACCCUAUUGGAUUGAUAUAAGAUUUUGGAAUCUUACCAAAUGAAACCAUGAUAACAUCCAAACAAGAUCUACAUUUUAAAUUGAUUUAAUGUAGUUUUCUUUUCCCUUUUUUCUUAUUGUUUUUCUUUCCUUGCUUUCUUAUUCACCACACAAUCUAUUUCUAUCUUUCUUUUUCUCCACCGAACUCUUACAUAUACUUUUCCACAUGGAUUUUUUUCAUCAUCCAAAUCAAAGGCCACAAUUUGAAAUCAACCAUUUGCAGGCUUUCAUGAUUAAAACCGAAGGACCUAACCUUGUCACCAUUCAAAAAUCUAAUCAAAAGAAAAUUGGACAGUAAUUUGAGGUCGACUUUAAUCCAGGACUGAUUAAUAUUCAAUCAAAUUACAAUAAACAACCUGAGCUGAAAUGUUUUUCAGAUCAAAAACUGGAGGUUAUUAGAUAGAAGUCAUCAAUCAAAGGCAAUCAAGUCACAGCGCACAAAGCUCAAGAAAGUAAAGAUGGAAAUACAAUUUGUGUGCCAAUAUAAAGCUCAAUUCACCCGAUUUCACAUUCAAUUAAGAUACAAUUGGAAGUGAAAUAUAUCAUUGUGAUUAUGCCAUUAUUGUCUCAACCUUCGUUUGUUUGUCUCUCGCCUUCCUUGGUAGUUAGUCAAUUAUUCACAUUGGACGAGACCAAACAAUACAACCAAUCUUUCAACCACUAAGCCAAUUGAUCAUCGAUAAUCCUAAUUACAAAAUUUCACAUCAUCUUCAUCUCACUCAUUUUCACUCAUCCAAACUCCAUCCAGUUGAAUUAAAUACAAUUUUGUCAACAAUCAUAUCAAAGUUUGCCCGAAAUGUUACAAAUGAGUAAUGGGAAUGGCAGAAUUUCCAUGAAACAAUCUUUUAUGUACAACUAAACAAUAACAAGUGACCAGUUAAUGUUGAAAUAAUUUAAAUGAUUUAUCCAUUGUUCUGCUGUUCGCUCGUCAAUAAUUUACUGGAGGCCAAAAACAACUGUAAAUAGACGUCAUCACCCAUGGAUCCAAUUGAUCAUUUUUGGUCCCAGAAAUCAUCAUCAAGCUCAUUGUCCCAUAAACUUUUUAUUCAAGUCAAAAACAUUUCAAAUGAACAAAAUUUGAAACAAUCUACUGUUUUCCAAAACUCUUUCACCAUAUCAUUGUUUUGUAGAUAAUUUUAGUUCAUUCCCAGAUCUUAUUUCAUAUUAUUAUAUAUCUCUUGUUAAUUCAUUUUGAAAUAAGUAAUUCCAUGGGGAAAAAGUUACUUACCCUGUCAUGUCAACUCGAUAUCGAUUUGUUCAAUUGCCUAAUUUCUGGCUAACCGGCAAUCAGUCCAUCAAUACAUUUGGAACCAGAAUUACCCAUUUACCUUGCCUUGGUAUUACUGCAUUUCUGUCCAUUAUUGUUGAUAUUUUUUUAAUCUUCCCAAACCAUUUCCAUCUGUUCAUUUUUUAAAGUGAUCUUAAUGAUUACCAAUUGAAUAUCACUGAGUUGCCUAUCAAUCUUGAUUGUAAUGAUCCGAUAAUAACAUUAUCGGUUAAUCGUUGAUCAAUUUUAUUCCCUUGUCUCAUCAAGAAACAGAAUAAAUCUCAAGUUUGUCUCCCAAUUACAUUGUUAUUGAAUUAAGACAAAGAGACUGAAAUAUGAUUCAAAUUAUUAUCAUUGUAUUAUCAUGACUAUUUUAUUCUCUUCUCUUGAUUCUGUCUUUUUCACUUUAUUUUUCAUCAAAUCAACUGAUGUUAAUUGUUUACCAUUUCCUUUUAAUGAAUAAUGAUUGUUUUACUUUUAUCCUUUAUUGAUGAUCAAAUUUUUAUAUAUUAUACAAAGAUGUACAAGUAUAAAAUAUAAAAAGAAUAUGUAUAAUUUGACACAAGAGAUAAUGUUAUACCCAUUAUAUCUCACCUGUUUUACGUAUUAAUAUUAUUAUAAUUAUUUUGGGUUCUCAAGUUUACAGACAAAUAAAAGACACACCAUUUCAUUUUAUUAUCAAUAAAGAU